GUGUGAUGUGCGAGUGGAAGGACGAGUGGAACGACAAGUCCAUGGAGGAGAAGGCGGCCUUUCUGGCCAGACAAGGUGUGCGAUGCCUCGAGCUGGAAUACCUGGAGGUCAUUGAUCCGGAGACGCGAAAGCCAGUUCCCCGGGAUGGCCAGACGAUCGGCGAGAUCGUCAUGAGCGGCAACACCAUCAUGAAGGGUUACUUCAAGAACCCCGAGGCGACGGCCAAGGAGUUCAAAGGAGGGGUCUUCAACACCGGCGACUUGGGCGUCAGAUAUCCGGACGGCUACAUUCAGCUGAAAGACCGCUCUAAG